AUGGAGCCUCCGCCUCCGGACCCCGGCAGCGAGCCGAGGUGCCUGGCGCCUUCUGACGGCCCUGAGGAGGGGAGCGGUUGUGGGGCCGGCGAGGAGGCACCGGAAGUUGCGGAGCAUCCAGAGGAGCUCCUCGAGAAUGAUUUGUAUCUUCUGACCCGUGGAGCACCCAAGGGCUCCGACAUGUCCGUGGACAGCAUCUGGGCAGUGGACAUUCCCAAGCCUGCACGGGCCAAAGCCAAAAGUCGACUGGCUCCGCGACCAUCGCCGCGGACAGGCGCACGCAGGAGGCCGGCGGCUGAAGAGGCUCCGGCUCCGCCUCUGGCGCUGCCGCCCGUGCCUGGUGAGGGCCGUGAGGCGGAUCCGGGCGACCCGGGCGACCCGGGAGCGGAGGGCGCAGAGGACGCUGACGCCGCCGGGGGCGAGGGCCAGGCGCCUUUUCACGAGGAGCCGAAGGAGGACCCAGCCGACGAGCUCGAGCGUCUGAGAAAGCGAAAGAAAUUCGAGUGCAAGCCUGUUGAAGCCCGCAAAGAAGGUGAGGAGGAAGACUGGGUCCAGUUCCCGUCCCUUGCAGCUGCCAGUCGAGAGACAGGCGUCCCCAACAGCGCCAUCAGCCACCUCUGCACUUCGCAGGGGGCGCACUCGGGUUGGCUCUUUCGCUGGCCGGGUGCACCCGAACUGCCAAAGCUGUCUGCAGUGUC